AUGGAGAAGCAAAAGUGGAUGAUUGAUGAAAAGGCCAAGGCCCAGGUCCGAGCUGAGCUUUAUUUUGGGCUGGGCUUCUUGACAGUCCAGACCCUCGGGUUCAUGAGGCUCACUUUCUGGGAACUAAGCUGGGAUGUGAUGGAGCCCAUAUGCUUCUUUGUUACCUCAUUCGGCUUCGCUCUUGCUUAUCUUUUCUUCCUCAAGACCUCCACAGAACCCACCUUUCAGGGCUUCUUCCAUCACCGGUUUAAGGCCAAGCAAGAGCGUCUCAUGAAGACACACAACUUUGACAUGAGUAGGUACAACGAGUUAUUUAAGGCAUGCUAUACAAAUUAUCAUGGUGGUGCCAAAUUUGAAUCUUCUUAUCCCUUCCACUACCCUGGGGAGACACAUCUAACUGAUCUAAGAGCCUUGCAUCGUUGA